AAUAGUUCAUUUAGUUUGAAAGGGCAAUGCGGAACUACUGUAUUUAUACGUCACACUCUUCCUCUGCCGGUUGGCCGCGUUAGCGUUGCUGCUGAUGUGGUGUUCGGAAGUGUGGGGCUGCUGCCGUUCCUCCAUUUCACCAGAGCUAUUUGAGAUAAAAAGCAUUUACACCUCAUCCAAAAACAAUGCCAUACUUUCAGACUUGGGACGAGUUUGCUCGGGCAGCAGAAAAAUUGUAUUUGACGGAGCCCAUGAAGGCCAGAGUGGUAAUCAAGUACAGGCACUGCGACGGCAAAAUUUGCAUGAAGGUGACUGACAAUGCCGUGUGUUUACAGUACAAGACGGACCAGGCUCAGGAUGUGAAGAAAAUCGAGAAGCUUCACGGCAAACUGAUGAGACUGAUGGUAUCUAAAGAGACUCACAGCGGCGCUAUAGAGACGGACUAAAGUAGUCGAGACACACAGUACGGCAGCCUGGACUAAGUUCAUUGUGGUUGUUGGGAGCACAGAACUACCUGAGUGGGAUUCAUGGAGUGUUUGAGAGAGAAGAGCAAUGGGGGAGCUUUAAUGCAAGCUGAAUGCUAACAAUUUUUUUUUUUUUUUUUUUGUCACAGGCCACAUUGUAGUUUCCUUCAGAGGGCCAUUAUGACUGCGAAACCAUAAAUUUUAAUCGUCUCAUUGUAUUAAUACAUGAAAUUUAGUUUUGAAAUCAAAGCUAAUGGGUUCUUCAACUAUUGUUCAUUUUUAGUAACACGACUGCUUACAAUAUUAAAAUUAUCAUUUAAGAUAUCACAAUUUGAAGUUUAUAAAGCCUCAUAGAAGUUGACACUUAUUUACCUGCGGGGGCCACAUGAAAUCUUGUGGUGAGCCGGAUAUGGCCCUCAGGCCUUGAGUUUGACAUUUUUGGCUCA